UCCUCCCCUUCUCCCCACAAAAAUUACCCAUCUCUCCUCCGCCAACCCAAUCGCCUCCAAAACCCCCCGGCGGCAAAACCCUCCAUUUCCGCCGCCUGCCCCGCCCUCUCGUCUCGUCUCUCCUCGUGGGGCCGCCUCGCUCUCCCCCUCGAUUCCUGGGGCCUGGGAGGAGGGGAGGAUGCAGGCCGCGGCCGGGAGCGUCUCCUGGGUCGCCGCGCAGCCGUCCGUCCUCGGCAGGUGCGGCGGCGGCGGCGGCGCGCAGUCCGCUUCGGUCAAGGGGAGGGCUGGUGGAGGAGGAGGAGGAGGAGGAGGAGGCGCGAGCGUCCGCGGGGUCGGCGUGGUGCGGUGCUCCACGCGCGCGCAGGAGAAGCGGCCGCCGCGGGUGCGCAAGUCCAAGGAGGAGAGGAGGGAGAUGGUCGAGUCCUUCAUCAACAGCUACCGGGUUGCAAAUGAUGGGAAAUUUCCGUCAGUCAACCUUACACACAAGGAAGUUGGAGGGUCCUAUUAUAUAGUUCGUGAGAUCGUGAGGGAUGUCAUCCAAGAGAACAGAGUCCUUGGUCCUGGUGGCUUGGAUUCUAUGGCUCUGAGUUUUGAAGAUUGCCCUGAUUCCUCAGAGGUAUCCAUGAAGCAUGAAUUGGGUCAAGACAAUAUAGAGAGCUUGGCAAUGUCUGAUGAUGGCCAAGCCGGUCAGGGUUCUGUGUCAGAGUCAUCCAGCAGCGAGGAAUCAUUUUCAUUGCAAAACAACUCCAUCAACACUGAUAUACUGCUGGGGUCAUCUAAUAUUUUAGAGGCUGGUGUUCUGAAAAGUAUAGUCCAAAAUGGGACUGCAUCAGGUACAGCAUUCUUGGAGACAAACCUUGAGAAGCAAGAUGAAGUUCCAUCUGGGGGAUCAAUUGAGGUUGGCCUGAAUAGUUCUGAAGAGCUAAACAGUCAGGAGGAUGCACAUGAGGGGAUGGGAAGUGUUGCUACUGAUAUUCUUCCCUCAGAAGCUACUGAUGUUUAUGAAACAAAUGGUGCACUUUUAAGAGAGCAUGAGAUGUUACCUAAUGAUAGUCAUGGUGGCUCAAAUGAUAGUGUUGUUGAUGAUGGAAAUCUCCUUGCGGCAGCCAAUGGUGCUCUUCAAGAAAAGCAAGCAUCUUUUCAGGAGCAUGAUCCAUCAAAUGAAAGUGUGCAAGGUGAUGUUCAGAGCUUAGAUUGCCAGAUUAGUACUACAUUAUCUGCUAAUCCCAUAAAUGGUUUUGACUCAGAGGCUGAAGUCACAACCAAGACUAUCGAAGCAUCGGAUACAAAGGGGCUAUUGCACACAGAAGACCAGCACAGUGUAGUACAGGUAGAUGGUAGUGAAUUUAAGAAAUCAACAUCCGGUUUCACAAAGGAAGUGGUUGAGGCAACCGACGCCAGGCAUGAACAAGGAAUGAGCACCACAACUGUGAUCAGCAGGCAUGCACUUUGCCUUCUAACUUUGCGUUGCAUGCUUACUGUUUAUAAUUUCCUUCAUACGUCGCAAAAGGCGACAGUAUAUUAGGAGAACUUCGAAAGCGCAGCAGAAGAAAGAUGACAACCUAUUCUGGCUUGUCCUUAGGGCAUUUGUUGUUGCUAUAUCAAAAAUCUGGGCAAAGUGAACAAUGCAGUGAAGGCAGCUUAUGUGGAACUGAAGAUUGAGAUGCAUCCUUCCUACAGGAAAAAUGAGAAUCGGUCCACAGAGUUCCAUUUCUAUCGUACGAAUACAUAUGCUUCUUUUUUGCUGCAGUGUUAGGUUAUUGAUUAGAGACAGUUGAUUUAGUUCGUAGUAGCUUCCCACUGUAGGUGUAAUGUUUGGUGGUCUUGGUCAGCUCUGUAAAAUAUCUGCAACUACAAUGGAUGGCAUGCGCUUUUAUGGUGAAAGGUGCAACACCUCUGUUAUUAUAUUAUCAGAAAUUUGCAGAGCUAUUUGGUUGGAUUGCCAACUGAAUGGGUACUGGCUUAUUUCUAAUCUGGUGAAAUUUAGCUUGGAUUUACCUCU